GAUAUAGUUGCUCAGCCUUCAGUUUAUUCUACUUAGCACAUACAAUUGGUGUGAGUUCUGCAAAACAACCCAUACCAAAUAUGAACUGUCAUUUAAUUGAGCACUUGUAAUGGGGCUGAUUGACCUAGAAACUGCCCUUAUAAGGAAGGCUGGGGUGCCCUUCUCAAGCAGAAGCCUUUGGAGCAUCAGUACCUUCAGCAGAAGACUUUGGAGAGACAGUAUCCAGCAGCAGGAAAAAUUUCAUGAUGGCUACCUGGCAAAAAUAUUCUUCCCUGGGCCUGCUGGCUAUGGCCUUGCUAUUUGUGGCCGUUGACCAGAGUCAGGCUGCACCCCCACAAAAACAAUGCCCUACCAACAUGGUUUAUGGCUGUAUACGUACGUGUUUCAGUACCUGUAAUAACAUGAACAGCACAAUAGACAACUGCAGUAAAGAGUGCAAGCAAGGAUGUGACUGCAAAGAUGGUUUCGUCUAUAAAUCCAAGAUCUGUGCCCCUGUAUCCGAAUGUAAGGUCACUUGCCCCAAACACAUGACAUACAAUACCUGCACUAAGGAGACACGCAAGACUUGCGCAACCAUGAACAAGCCCCCGGUACCUUUAAAACCCUGCAAGCCCCGCUGUGUCUGUGAUAAAGACUACAUUCUCUCCAAUGAUCUUAUUCCUCGCUGCAUCAAAAUCAGCGAAUGCCCUAAAAAACCUGCCAACUAACAUAUUAAUAUCAGCCAUAUAAACCCUUUCCUGCAGAGCACACAAUAAGUACGGUGGGUGAUUUGGGGCCAAUAAAUACAGAUGAACCACUCCUUGAAUUUCUGCCUGCAUUCUCUAAUAAACUACAGUUGCAUUAUAUACA